AUGCUGGAGUUUGAGCACUUGUCUCUAAUUAGAGAAAGAACGAGUGUAUGAAUGAUGCCAAAUAUCUAAAGCUACAAGCAGUGCUGGACCUUUGUAGAGACCCUGGGGUUACGCUACAAAAGGAAAUUGUAAUGGGUUAUCCUUUACCAUCGCUUGUUGUGGAAAGGAUCAUUAGCCAUCGAGCAACUUGGGUAGUUUUCGACAACGACCGAUAUUUGAGAAAGAACAGGGCCUACUUUGCUAAGAAAAUACCCUGCAACAUGGUAAUGAUGAGUGAGGAAGGGGACAUGGACAUGAUCAAAGGGCGUCCGAUGAUCGAUGACGGAGAGAACACCCCGAGCCAGUCCCCGGCCUGUUUGGUGCCUACUCCUUUGGUGAUAUGUUCUGAACCAUUGAAGCGAAUCCUGGAGGAGCAAGAACUGGAGAAGUACGAUGAUGAUGAGCUCAUUCUUUUGCUACCGCAUAGUAUGACUCGGCGUAGGAUGUAA